AUGGUCGAAGUCAGCGAGCGCCAAACGGCCGCCGUUUUGAAGGUUAAGAUAAUGGAGAUUCUCAAUCAGUACGGCCUGACCCUGGAGAACAUUUUCUCCGUGACCGUAGAUAACGGUGCUAAUAUGCUGGCCGCCGUUCGCCAACUGAAGCGCGAGCUUGGCUUGACGGAGAACACCGAGCAUCUGGAUUCGGACGAGGAGCAGGCCACUUCCCUGGAACACGAACGGAACCUCACGGAAUCGCUUUCGGAAGAAUUUGAGGAGAACAUCAACUUAGUUCGAUGCUCCAUCCACACGCUGCAGUUGGCCGUACUCGAUGUCAUCAAAAAGUCGGACCCUACUGUGAAGGAGAUCACGGCGAUCGCCAAGAAAUGUCGAGCCCUCAAGUACAAGCCGACAUUUGACCAAAAAGCUGCCAAAUAUCCUCCCGUGUGGUGCCAGACCCGUUGGUCAGGGAUCUACAAGAUGAUCAAUUCUUUCGCUGGACAGGAAGCAUUCUUCCGAGAUCUGGGAGAGCAGUUUCCAGAGUUAGAUCUUACCGAGCAUUGGGGUUUCAUCAUGGAGUACGAGCGUGCUUUCCGCCCUUGCUAUGUUUGCACUAAUAAGCUGCAAGGUGAUGGUGUCGGUCUGUCCGACUUCUACAUGGAGUGGUUGCUAGCCAUUGCUUCCCUCAAGAAAAUGAGUGGAAAUCGAUUUUCCGAAAAGCUGGCCGCGACGCUCAAGAGCCGUUUGGAACUGUUGAAGGAAAACCGUGCCUUUAAGAUGGCUCUCUAUCUCGACCCGAGGUUCAAUUUCGUUGGAUCGACUAUCUUCAAGCCCGACGAAAAGGAAGAGAUCCAGACAUAUUUGGUCGACACGUGGCGUCGCAUCUGCAAGCUUCAGCCGAGCACUGACGGGAAGGAAACCGGCCAAGCAGCUCAAAAGCCCGAUGACUCCAUGUUGGAGGACGACGACGUGAAUGACAGCUACAUCACAGAGAUGCUCGGUGGGUCGCUUGAUCCUCGAGCUGCCUCGAAUGAGGAUGGCCAGCUGAUGAAACACAUCAAAGGUCUGGACGCCGAACCACGUCAAAACUGCCGCUACGACGUGUGGCAACAUUGGGUUCAACGCGAACAGUCUCACCCGGAACUGUACGCCGUAGCAAUGGUCGUUUUGUCAACCCCUGCUAGCCAGGCGAGUGUUGAAAGAGCCUUCAGUGCGCUUGCCUUGGUGUUGACCGAUCGUCGUGGCGAUCUGGGAUCAACAGCGUUGGAGGACACUUUGUUGAUCAAGCUCAACAAGGAAAUAUUCGAGCGUAUUUUCCCAACGUUGUACGACUGGACUGAGAAGGGAACCGACGGUAUUUCUGUCGAUGGAAACUGAUUUUUUUGAGAAACCGCGACCAUAC